CGAGGGGUUAUUGCGGAGAAUAAAAAGAGAGAAGUCAGAGCAAACAAAUAAAAGAGAGAGUAUGUAUUUGAUAUGAAUUUAGCGUGGUUUACAUUUUACAAUGGGGAAAAGGGGACUAUUUAUAGCAGCAAUAAAUGUUAGACAUGGACACGUGUCAAGCAUCCGAUGGCCGAGAGUCACCUCAAUCGGGGUGGCACCGUCACUCGCAUGUGACCGCAUUAAAUGCGGUGGUUGGAUGCGACGUUGUACUCGGUACGGUGAUUCAGGUGCAUGUGGAGAGGAGAUUCUGUCGAGGAUGACGUCGCAGGGUAUUUGGCCGAAUGCUCUUCUAACCAGGGGCCUCCCUAUGCUGAGGGCUGUAUAUGCCGAAGGCUUGAUUUUCAAGCCUCGUUCUCCUGUGAUGUUUCUGAGCUCGAUUCUGUCAAUGGUAGCCUUCGAUCAUGGGGCCGAAGGUACCCCCUUGCGUAUUGUGGGCUGCUUAGAGCUUCAUUUUGUUGGGCUUGGUCCGUUUGGGCCUGUUGGGCUUGAUUGAAGUAGUUGAAGUAUGUGGGCCAGGGAUCCCUGGGCCAUAUACUCCAUCACUGAAAUUUAUCCAUUUUAGUAUUUGUAAUUUCGUUCUAUUUUUUAUAUUAUUAUAUUUUAUAAAUUAUACGAUAUAGUUUAUCGUUCAAUUGUAAUGAUUUGGGGCAUAAGUUUUGGAGGUUUUGACUAUUUUUAAUGAAAAUGCAUUAAUAUUGUACUCGCUCUGUCCCUAAUAACUUUGUCAAGUUUGACCGACACGAAGAUUAAUAAAGUAAAAAUUGUGUGGAUGAGGUUUGUGCAGAGGAAAGAAAAUUAACUGGAAUCACAAAUUCUUUACUUAAAAAGUAAAGUGGCAAAGUUAGUGGGAUAUCCAAAAAAAGAAAGUUGACAAAGUUAUAAGGGACGGAGGGAGUAAUUUUAAGUGAUAUAAUUAUGGUAAUGGUCAAAAAUGUAGAGAAAAUGUAUCACUUAAAAUAAAAAUUUUAAUGCAUUUUCAUUAAAAUAACCAAAACCUCCAAAACUUAUGUCUCAAAUCACUAGAAUUCAAUGAUAAACUAUAUCAUAUAAUUUAUAGAAUAUAAUAACAUAAAAUAAAGAAAAUAGAAAGAAAUUAAAAUUACUAAGAUUAAAAAAUAGAGAAUUUUGAUUUUUACAAUUAAGAUAGCAUAAAAGGGAGAACUACCAAACCAGCCCUCAAACUUUCAUAAAAAGUGCAAAUAAGCUCUUUUAUAGGAGUCUAUGUCCGCCCAUCGCUAUUUGGGAUGGUUUCCGGUAGAAUUUUUUAAAGAUUUUUUUUUGAGCAUCUUCUUCAUUAAGUCUAGUUUACUCAUACCAAAUUUCAGCUAAAAAUUCAAUCUGGAAGGCAGUCAAAUGAAUUUUUGAAGAUAACUGCACAGUUAUGCAGCAUAGUAUUUUUCAGAAAAUUGACAUAUCACGUCACCCAUUUAACGUCGGUUCUUGAAAAACCGUCGUAAUAAAACUAUUUGACGUCGGUUUCUACAAAACCCGACGUUGUAUCUUUUUUAGUAUUUUUAUUUUAUUCUUUUAAGGACGGUUCACUAAACAACCGUCGUGGUAACAUAAUGCAUUUUUCAAUUGUUUAAUUCAACGUCAGUUUUAAAAACCGUCCUAAAAAAUGUAUAUGCGUUUCAAGUUUGCAGAUGCUUUACUUUUGUUUUGCCUCUUUUUAUUUUAAUUAAACAAACUAAAUAAAACCCCUCUCUUAGACGAAUCUGCGCACGAACCCUACUCCUCGCCAAAUUCGUUCGAUCAAGCUAAUACAAGGUUAGCGUGUAAAAAUUGGGAAGCUCGACGAUGUGGAAAUGAAAUUGGGAAGUUUUAUUCAAGAUUUUUGAAGAUUUAGAGUCGCUUCAGUAGCCGACGCCAAGGAUUGCAGCGGCGCUCGCCCGCCGGCUACUGGUGGGACACAUCAGCAGAGCUCGUCCGGCGGUUAGAUGGGUGACGCUAAAGAGAAUCAAGUUGCAGAAUGGAAAAAAAGGUUGUCAUCACUGAUAGGUCACCCAUUUUAGUCAGUAUCAACUACUCCUUACCUCAAAGUAUAGUAGAGGUAAAAUUCAUGUUAUUUAACAGGUGAUUAGUUUUUAUUUGGGGUUUUCGGCUUUACUAUUUUAUUUAGUAUGGAUGGACAUAUCGCACCAAUAGGUGACUUGUCAAACUUCUUAAGAAGCAUAUAUUUUUGUUGGCAAUUGGUGAUGUAAGUUUAAAUUUGCAUGAGCUUUUCUUCUAUAUUUCAGAUAUUGGUAUUCUUGCUAUUUUCCCUAAAUUGUAGCUUGAAUACUAAGCUUGUAAAAACAGUGUUCCACAUAUGAACGGAAGAUCUAGCUAGUACCCUAGCCUGCUCUUAUAGAAUAUCACCUCACAAAAGUGAGAUGCUUGCAUACUACAGCGGGCAAACCUGGAUUUAAUAAAUAAUUAUACAUAGUAUUAGUUAUUAUCAUUAAUUAUAAAAUUCAGAUUAGUUAUGGAGUAGAUAAUUUGUUUUUCUAUUUCCUGUCUUGUAAAAGAGAAGAAGAAUAUAAAUAUCUCCAAUUGGGGCGGUUAACG